AUGUUCUCCAUGAAACUUGCUUUAUCCAUUGUCCUUGUUGGGUUUGUCGUUGUUUCAGCUCAGAAGUAAGUAAUGAAAGGUGAAAGACUGUCUACCCGAUGUUAUCGAGAUUGUAAUCGGUUUUUUUUAGAAAGGCUGGUGGGGUCAGUUGUUAUCAAUGCAAUUCGUUUACCGCCGGACAAGAAGUCUGCGAGUCCAGUGAUGAAAAAGAGCUGACCAAGUUCAAGAAAGUAAGAGCCAUAUAAAAAAGAUGGAACGCAUAAUUUAGAAAACAGUAGAUUCAUUUUAAAAAUUACUAUCAUUCCGUUCCAGCCCUGCCCCAAAAUCACAGAAGGAGAGUUGGUUGGAACUGAUGCCAAUUCCUGCCGCAAAAUCCUCCAGACCGUCGACGGAGAUAGUGGUGUUGUAAGAGAGUGUGCUUACACUGGGGAUGAGGAAGUUGAUGGAAAAAGAAGAAUCGGGAAUAAAGGGAUCGUCCUCUGGCUCUACCAGUGCUUCAAUGACGAACCAGUAGGUUUUGGUCCUAGUAAAAGAACUAUGAAAUUACACAUCUCACAUUUUAUAUUAUCUUCCAGGGCAAGCCGUGCAACUCUGCCUCCACCGUGUCCCUCACCACAGUCUCCAUCUUCACCGCGUUUGCUUUUAUUUACAACUUGUUACAAUAA